AUGGAUUUUCUUGCUCGUCCCUGGUUGAUCAAUCCAGUCGUUGUGUCACCAACGAUUGCUGCUGUUGGACUUUCUUUCUACAGUUAUGGUUUCCCUCUAGUUGGUAACUGUCUUGAGAUUGGAGCAGUGCAGAUACUAUUGGUUGUUUUAUUUUCUCUUUACCUGCGUAAGAUAUCCAUUCUUGGGCACCGCAUAUUUUUAAUAUAUGCAGUUCCAUUGGGUCUGGCAAUCACAUGGGCAGCUGCUUUCUUACUUACUGAAGCUGGAGCCUAUAGUUAUAAAGGUUGUGAUAUAAGUGUACCUGCCUCAAAUCUAAUAUCUGAACAUUGCAGAAAGCAUGUUUCAAGGAUGAAGCACUGUCGAGUUGAUACUUCUCAUGCGUUAAAAUCUUCCCCAUGGUUUAGGUUUCCUUAUCCCUUACAAUGGGGUACUCCGGUCUUUACCUGGAAAAUGGCUUUUGUUAUGUGUGUAGUAUCCAUAAUCGCAUCAGUUGAUUCGGUUGGUUCAUACCAUGCUUCUUCAUUGUUGGUGGCUUCUAGACCUCCUACCCCUGGAGUGGUUGGUCGAGGGAUUGGUUUGGAAGGUAUUUCAAGCGUCUUGGCUGGCCUAUGGGGUACAGGAACUGGGUCCACAACUUUAACAGAAAAUGUGCACACUAUUGCUGUGACUAAAAUGGGAAGUCGCAGAGCAGUUGAAUUAGGCGCAUGCGCUCUGAUCGUCCUCUCCCUGGUUGGUAAAGUUGGAGGCUUCAUUGCGUCAAUCCCUGAAGUCAUGGUUGCUGCCCUCCUAUGCUUCAUGUGGGCGAUGCUUGCUGCUUUAGGCUUGUCAAAUCUACGUUAUAGUGAGGCUGGAAGUUCUCGGAAUAUAAUCAUAGUUGGAUUAUCAUUGUUCUUCUCACUUUCAAUACCGGCCUACUUUCAGCAAUACGGCAUCUCUCCGAACUCCAAUUUGUCCGUUCCAAGUUAUUUUCAACCAUACAUUGUUGCUUCUCACGGGCCCUUCCGUAGCAAAUAUGGAGGGGUAAACUAUGUCCUGAAUACAUUGCUAUCUCUACACAUGGUGAUUGCAUUUCUAGUGGCUGUAAUUCUAGAUAACACUGUACCAGGUAGCCGGCAAGAACGCGGGGUGUAUGUAUGGUCUGAAUCUGAGGUUGCACGAAGAGAACCUGCUGUUUCUAAGGACUAUGAGUUACCCUUCAGAAUUGGUCGGGUUUUCAGAUGGGUGAAAUGGGUUGGCCUGUAGGUGAUGGUUUCCCUUGUUGUAGGCUAUUAUAAUCUAUCACGACUGUCUACUUACCACGAUGCUGCAGGAAUGAUAAUAUUGUAUGAUGAUCAUGGAUGCAAGUCACGGGACUCUGUCUGAUGCGUGAUUUUUGGUCCGAAUUCCAUUUUUUCUUAUAAGAAGGUACGUCUUAGGAUUUUAGCACUUACAGAGAUAUUCGUGUACAUUUGAGGAAAGAAGGAUCUGGCUUGUGUUGUUAUAUUAGAUUCUGAACUUUGUAUUGUAUGUACGAUGUAGUUUCUAGUCACUUGAAAAUGUCCGGAUGGACAUUGUUCACUUGGUUGAGAGAGCUUUGGUUCAUGUAUAUGUAAUAUUUUUUGUCGAAAUGGUUUCUUUCGAGACCCGACGGAAACGAGGGGAAGAUUCAUUGUGGAAGUUAGGACCCAACCGCAUUGUGGAAUGUUUUUCUUUCUUGUACAUGCUACAUUUUUAUGGUGUUUAAAUAUCCUCUAGAUUUAUCGCC